AAUGGGAGGCUCCCAUCUAAGGUUUAGGGGUAGUGAACAAGGUAAGGGAAAGACAAGGGUUGGAUUAGAGUUAGGCAUAAACAAUACUUGUUGCAAAAUCCUUGAAGAGUCAGCUUUUUGGAAAAAAGAGAGAUUAUUGUAUGGUUUAACAACUGCAAGUAAACCAUUAUAUAAGCAUAUUUUGGAAAAACAAACAAAUGCUAAUUUUGAAAAUAUUGGAUUAGAGAACUUUAGAAUUCAUUAUCAGUCCUGCUUAGAAAAAUCUCAGACAAUUGAACAAUUAGGAGCAAAGCCUCUGCUUGGUCUAAUUAAAAGCUUAGGUGGUUGGGGUUCUGAUAAAAAGUCUACCACUUCAAAAUAUAACUUUCAGGAUACAGUAGGGAAGCUGUCAGUACACAAUAUUGCACCUCUCUUUUCAUUAAUAGCUACUAAUGAUAAGAAAAAUUCAUCCAGGUAUUUCUACCAAUUGGAGGAAGGAGAUUUGGCAUUAAAUAGGGAUCAGUUAAUAAAUGGAGCACUGUUGUUGAAUAUAAGUAACAACACAGAACUAAAAGCUUUUAAAAACUAUAUUACAAACAUAAGUGAACUACUAGGAGGAGAGAAGAAUUCUUCUCAAAAAUUGGCCAUUGAUAUUAUAACUUUCCAACAAAAAAUAGCAAAUUUGAGCAACAAUGAGAAAGGGGAGAAAAAUGAUAUCAAAUUCCAUCAGAUGUCCACAUUUAAAGGAUUACAAGAAAAAUUCCCAUUUAUGGAUUGGCUUAAGUUGGUUGAAAAUCAAUACAAAUUUCAUAAUAUUAGUAAAGUGAUUAGUGGGGAUGAGUCUGUUGUUAUAUCAUCCAAUAGUCAAUAUUUCCAUAAACUAAGUAAAUUUCUUAAUGAAACUCAACAAAGUAAAGAAGGAAAUAAAACUUUACACAAUUUUUUAAUAUGGCAUGUCAUUCAAGACUCUAUUUCUUCCCUUUCCAAACCAUUUAGACAAGCCAAAGAGGAAUUUGACAGUAAAAGGAAGAUGUUGGAUCUGAACUUGUUGAAACAUCCAUAUUUUUUAAAUGAGGGAAAUUCACUUUUUCAAAUUUACAGAAAUUGGGAAACCAAGGCAAAUGAAUACUUUCAAAAUAGAUGGAAUGCAAAAGCUAUUAAAGUUUUAAUAGUGCUCUCUAAAAAUGAAAUAGUUGUACCAGCAGGUAUACUAUCACCACCAUUUUUUUACCCAAAAGAAACUCCUAGAUCAAUCAGUUAUGGUGCAAUUGGUCAUGUUCUUGGACAUGAAUUAAGUCAAGGUUUUGAAGAUGAUAAUAAGAAGUAUGACAAAUAUGGAGAAUUAAUAACAGACACAAAACUUGAAAAACAAAUACAAGAAGAUUUAGGCAAUAAUCUAACAAAAGAGAAAUUUGAAUUGCCUGGCCUUGAAGAUAAAACCCCUAAGGAACUGUUUACCAUGUCCUUUCAGCAAUCCUUGUGCAUGCCAAACAAGUCAGCAUUUUGUUCAUAA